AUGCAACUCAGUGGCAGUAGCCAAGCCCAUGAAAGCUCCAACCAAGUUCAAGGCCCAGCCCAUGGUCAGCCAGCCAGCCCGCCAGCCAGCCAGCCCAGCCCGCCAGCCAGCCCAGCCAGCCCAGCCCGCCAGCCAGCCCAGCCAGCCCAGCCCAGCCCAGCCCAGCCAGCCCCGCCCAGCCAGCCAGCCAAGCCAGCCAGCCAAGCCAGCCAGCCAGCCCAGCCCAGCCAGCCCAGCCCUGCCCAGCCAGCCAGCAAGCCAAUUCAGCCCAGCCCAUGGCCAGCCAGCCAGCCCGCCAUUGGUUGUAAGGACAAAGCUACACAAAGAAAGCUUCUUAGUGAAUCAGAGCUUACAUUUGAUAAAGCGUUGAAAGUAGCCAUGGCCAUGGAGAUAGCUAAUAGAGAUGUUGAACAAUUGCACUCCAGUGACAAUGGUAGUGAAGACAAAGAGGUUCACCAGUUAAGAACCACGCAGAUGAAAGAAAGGUCUUCAAGCAAGUGGAAUUCCAAGCUUACUGAGAAGGAAAAGCCCACAGUCUUGCAGUGGUGCGUGUGA